UAUCGCCAAGGCAUGAUUUCGACCAUCGUCACAACCUUUGUGCUUGUGGGAUGAGACAGAGCCUCUCCCAUUUCGAAGAUGGAACAGGAGGAGAUGGUUUCUGGCGAUGGCUGGAUUUCGGACGAUUCAAGUUUCUACGGCGAUGAGCAUGAACAGGAUCGGCUUGAGAUACGCUGCGAAGAGUUCCUGCCUGUCAAGUCAUGGUCCACACGCAAGACAGACCUAAAUGCUGUGGUCUUUGAACAUAGAGAUAUACCUCCACCUCCACUCAGCAAUCCCGGCGAAGGCCAAUCAGGAUGCUGGCAGCUGGGUGAGACGGUGGAAGGCUUUGCGAAACGCAUUCCUCCUGUCUCGACUUCCGCUUACGAUUAUGAGUGGAUUUGGGUGCAUAAUCCUUACCCACAGGUCCAAGACAAAUCCAAAGUUCCCGACAUCAACAAUUUCACCAUUCGUGGACGAGAGCUUCUCGCGCGUAGUCUCCAGACGCGCAAGGACAUUGAAUCGGACGUACAGAAGAAGAACAAGAGCCUGGUCACUCGGCGCUUGAAUGAAGAAAGCAGGCUCCUUCAACAGCGUAUCACCGAUUUGGCCACGGAGACCAAUGUGGUACUCGGCAAAUGGAUGUUGUUCCCCUCAGUUGAGGAUCUCACACGUAUCUGGCGACUUGUGAUUGAUGGCGUCAUUAGUAAUCGCUUGGGACCUUCUGCGAAGGUAGCUCCGGAUGAGGGUAAACCAGGAGAGCGACUGAUCUGCAUCUACACCAAAGAUUUCAAGGACAAAAACGAUGUUUUGCGCGUGUUAAGAGAGCUAGUCUCCAUUGGCGUGGUCAACCCCAAGCUCAAGCCAAUCUACUACAAGGCCGAUGCAUAUACCUAUCUGAACAUCUACAAAGCAUCAGCAGGUGACUACGGCCUCCAAGCCAGCACCUACUCGAGCCAGAAGCUGCUGGCGGAUGAAAAACUACAACAUGCUGCUUUGACUCCUCGAACGCAAUCGAGCCUUAAUCGAUUCACCAGAUCGUGACACGACGAUUGAUGGGCUUACGGGCAAGUUGCCUAUUGAUCGUACAUCUUGAGCAGAACCACAACAGUCCACAAAGAGGCAUUAACCGUGCCCGAUAUGUAUCGAUCUAUCUCCAAAAUUUACUCCCAGCUGUCUCUAUUGUACGGGGAUCGCGAAGCUACUUCAAUUUAUUGCAAC